AUGGUCAACGGAGAGACGCGUGCCCGUACCGGGCUCUCCACAUUCCUGCUCGCCAGCAGCGCGCUGGUCUGGGUGUCAUCUGUCAUUGUAAUGGGCAUUCUCGCCUACUACGUCUCCAUUGGCUAUGGCGGUGACCACAUCAUCUACGAGCUGGUGAUUUCGGUCUUGACAACGGUCUUCUUUCCCUUGGCAUACUUCCUCCGGCUCUACCCAGGCCACAUUCUCCUCUUCAACUUGAUCUUCUCGUACCUUUGGAUCGUUGCCGUCUCGUUCGCGGCUUCCGACUGGAUCGGACCUUACGGCAGCCCCUCAGCCCUGUUGGCUACGGUCGUGGCCUUCACCUUCAUCGCAUUCUUCUUCUUGUUUUUCAAUGUUCUGUACGACUGGCACUACGGCUUCUACCGGGGCGGCGCCCGUACCAGGGCGGUCGUCUAG